AUGCCAAAGUUUCAGCAACCGAUACAAACCAAUCCCAAAACUCAGCGGAAGAGCCCCAUCCUCCUGCAUUGCAGAUUUGGUGAUGCAACAGAAAGGCAGAGUUUUUAACCGCAGAUCCAGGAGCUUUUCUAGAUCUCGUGUUGCCGUAGAGGGCUGUUAGAACCCUUUCUUGCUUGUCUCAUUUCCUUGCCCUUUGCCUUUAGAACUUCAAAUCUAGACCUCGCUUCUUGCAUUUCCUACUCGAAUUUUAAUCUUUCUUGAUUUGAAGAAUGGCUGCUCAUGUUGAAGAGCGUGAGGUUCAGAAGAACUAUUGGAUCGAGCACUCUGCCAAUUUGACGGUGGAGGCAAUGAUGCUUGACUCCAAGGCCUCUGAUCUUGACAAAGAAGAACGUCCCGAGGUGCUUUCUCUGCUCCCAUCAUACGAAGGAAAAUCAGUUUUGGAGUUUGGAGCUGGUAUUGGUCGUUUCACUGGGGAAUUAGCGCAGAAAGCUGGGCAGCUUGUUGCCGUGGACUUCAUUGAGAGCGUGAUAAAGAAGAAUGAAAGCAUUAAUGGACACCACAAGAAUGUCAAGUUUAUGUGUGCUGAUGUGACAUCCCCUGACUUGAAAUUUUCAGAAGGAUCAGUGGAUUUAAUAUUCUCAAAUUGGCUUCUUAUGUAUCUCUCAGAUAAAGAGGUAGAGAAUCUGGCGGAAAGGAUGGUCAAAUGGUUAAAGGUUGGCGGGUAUAUUUUUUUCAGAGAGUCUUGUUUCCAUCAAUCUGGAGAUAGUAAGCGAAAAUACAACCCAACUCAUUACCGGGAGCCCAGAUUUUACACAAAGGUCUUUAAAGAGUGCCAUACCCAUGAUGGUUCUGGAAAUUCUUAUGAACUCACUCUUAUUGGCUGCAAAUGCAUUGGAGCUUAUGUGAGGAAUAAGAAGAAUCAAAAUCAGAUAUGUUGGAUAUGGCAGAAAGUAAGUUCACAAGAUGAUAAGGGGUUCCAGCAGUUCUUGGAUAAUGUUCAAUAUAAAUGUAAUGGCAUCCUACGCUAUGAGCGUGUCUUUGGAAAAGGUUUUGUAAGCACAGGAGGAAUUGAAACAACUAAAGAAUUUGUGGCAAAGCUGGAUCUUAAGCCUGGCCAGAAAGUCCUAGAUGUUGGAUGUGGUAUUGGAGGAGGUGACUUUUACAUGGCUGAGAACUUUGAUGUGGAAGUUAUUGGCAUUGACCUCUCAAUUAAUAUGAUAUCUAUUGCUCUUGAAUCUGCCAUUGGACUCAAAUGCAAUGUUGAGUUUGAAGUUGCUGAUUGCACAAAGAAGACAUAUCCUGAUAACACAUUUGAUGUUAUCUACAGCCGUGACACCAUUCUGCACAUUCAAGACAAACCUGCAUUGUUUAAAUCAUUCUUCAAGUGGUUGAAGCCUGGAGGUAAAGUUCUUAUAAGUGAUUAUUGCAAGAAUGCUGGAACUCCAUCGCCAGAAUUUUCGGAGUAUAUUAAGCAGAGAGGAUAUGAUCUUCAUGAUGUAAAAGCAUAUGGGCAGAUGCUUAGGGAUGCUGGUUUUGAUGAUGUGAUUGCAGAGGACAGAACUGAUCAGUUUAAUCAAGUUCUGCAACAGGAAUUAAAUGCUGUCGAGAAGGAGAAGGAUGAAUUCAUCCAAGACUUUUCUGAAGAGGACUAUAAUGAUAUAGUCGGUGGAUGGAAGGCAAAGUUGAUUAGGAGCUCAUCCGGUGAGCAGCGAUGGGGCCUGUUUAUUGCAAAGAAAAAAUGAGUAUCACAUGCACUACUUCUAAAGCAUUGAAUAAAUUUCUGAGCAAUGAACCAUCAACCUUUGAUGAUUGUAUGACUCAAGCCUAUGCUUGAACUUAAAUUAUUCUAGCAUUUUUAUGUCUUUUUUUUUUUUAUUACAUAUGUUGGGGGAGGGGGUAGUCGUACCUGAGUCUCUUAAGUUCAACAUAUAUGCAGCUAUCACUGGGCUAUAACUAUUGCUGCAACAUUUUCAUGUCUUAAUAAAACUACCUUUCAUUUGGACCUAA